AUGUCGGGGACCUACGCAGACGGCUACUUGAGGCAAACCUCGGAAGUACCCAAAGAUCGUUUGAAGUCUUUCAUUGGCAGGUUAAACAAGUCGAAGCAGGCUGCUCUACACAAUUGCUUGAUAAUUGGUAUCGAUUUCGGAACUACGUAUUCCGGUGUCUCGUGGGUAACAUUGGCCGAUUUCAAACAGGAGAAUAUCAACAUCAUCACACAAUGGCCAGGGGUGCGCGGUGACCAUGCUAAAGUGCCCACUAAGCUGUACUACGAGUAUGGACCCGAGACUUAUACCCCCUUGUGGGGAUUUGAGAUUCCGCACGAUAUAGAAGCGCUUGAAUGGUUCAAGCUUCUUCUGUUACGGGACGAUGACAUGUGGAAGGAUCUCCAAGAGUCGGUGCAUAUUGGUCGUGCCAAAAUGCUACUGCGUGAAAGUGGAAAAACGGCCGAGGAUUGCAUUGCGGAUUACCUUCGGGCAAUUUGGAAACAUACACUCAAGACCAUUCUCAAAGCUCGUCCCAGCUACCUCGUUGAGUCUCUCGAGUUCCACGUGGUUCUCACCGUGCCUGCCAUUUGGAAAGAUUAUGCACGCAGUGCCAUGACGGAGGCGGCUAAGAAGGCGGGGAUUCUUGAUGAUCGCCCUGCCGGCCCGACCUCCCUAACUUUUGCUCCCGAGCCUGAGGCAGCCGGAUUAGCAGCACUCAUUGAGCGUGGCAGCGACACUAAGCCAGAUGACGUGUUCGUCAUUUGCGAUGCCGGAGGUGGGACCGUAGACGUCAUAACCUAUAAAGUGGGACACCAGCAGCCAUUGCAGUUGCACGAGGCAGUUGAGGGCGACGGCAGUGUGUGUGGCGGUAUCUUCAUUGACGAAGACUUUACAGUACAAUGCAGGAAUCGUAUUGGCCGAAAAUGGUCUGGCUUCAGCCCAGCGGAUCGAAAAGCCAUUUUAACAAAUGAAUGGGAGUACUCCAUCAAGCCUUCGUUAAAUGACACUUCCCGCAAGCCCCAUAUCAAGGAUGGCCAUAUUUUCUUUUCUGGCUCGGACAUUCGCGACGCUUUCCACAAGAGAGCUGUGCCCGGCCUCUUGAGACUGGUGGAGAACCAGCUAACCGAAGCCCAAAGUAAAGGGCUACGUGUGACGGGAAUUGUUCUUGUCGGAGGGCUUGGCUCGAGUCCCCACAUAUAUAAAUGUCUUGUGGCCAAGUAUUCCAGCCGAGGAAUUGAGAUCUGUCAAUCUAGCGCUAUCAGAAGACGCACUGCUAUCUGUCGUGGCGCUAUCCUGAAGGGGCUCAUGGAUGCUCCAAUCACUACGCAUGUGCCUAAUGCUCCUGAGAUAUUGUCGAGAAUCUCGAGAAUGUGCAUCGGUACCUCAUGCAUCGAAGAGUUUAAAAAAGGAGUCCAUCACAAGAAAGAGAGGUAUAUGUGUAAACACGAGGGAUACUAUAAGGUGAGGGGUAUGAUGGAUUGGUACAUUACCAAGGGCGAAGAUGUUGCAAAGUCACAUGCAAUUCGAAAAGACUACUACCGAACCUUCAUCAACAGGAAGGACUUCCCACCGUCUUCUUUUACAAUAAAUAUGUACAAGAGUGAAGCUGAAAGGCCGCCUGCUCGGUUGAGCGAUGCUAGUGUGAUGGAGCAUUCCACGCUUGAAUUUGACCUCAGUGACUACGAUUACGAUGACCUUGAAGAUUUCAAGGGGCUUAAAGGCCAGAGGGGGAAGAAAUUCAAUUAUACAAUUGAGAUGGUGCCAUCGGGUGCUUCCACAGAGUUUUCGAUUUAUUUUCAAGGCAAGAAGGUGGGAUCAGACUAUGUAUCAAUAAUGGUGGACUAG